CAUAAAGUCGUAAAUAUUACACAUUUCACAUUUAAAUUAUGUAGUUGUAAAGUUGGAAAAACGAUUUACUUGUUGCGUCCAUAUUGCACACUCUCCAAAUACAAUUAUGUCCGCUUCACCAUCGAGACUUCCACAUGCCAUGCUCAAACAAUAUCUGGAUGGAGCAAGAAAAACCACAUUAUCUCCAAUUCUGAAAGCUACUGCUUUUAUUGCGAUGGCUCUACUUGAAAAAAUAUUCGUGGAUGAAAUAUUUCGAUGUCCUUGCAGAACCGACACGCAGACAUGCUUAGAUUGGAACUUCUUCUAUAGCUUGCUGUUCUUUCUCAUCCCUGCAUUCUCGUUGUAUCUUCUAAGCCUGGCUCAAGACAACGGCGUCUGGAAUCUGUUCAUGGGAAUAUGCAGAAGGAAAAGCAAAAAGAAAAAUUGCUUUUCGGUGUUCUGGUGUUGUUGCUGUUGUGCACUAGAUGGCGUCCAUGAUGCUAGAGGAAAGAAAUGGUUUCAAGCUAAUGCUCAAGCAUUCGCAGUGAUAAUUGUUUGGUUCGCACUAUCUUUGUUUGAUGGAGAUUAUGGCGCAUGUGCUGUCACCUGCAUUCCUUACACGGAGAAUUGUACCAUUGUUAGCAAGACAAGAAAAGAUCAGUUGCCAUUCUCAGAAACAUAUCAAAGAAAUAAAGAAACGUCUCAGAUCAUUGGAGAAUUCAUGAUAUUCGGAGUUGCCCUGGUAUACCUUUUAAUCGUAUGUUGCAACCGAUGCUGGUAUAAUGCAGACUACAACACAUACGUCAUAGUCGAUAAUUACUUGAAGAUAAAGGAAGAUAUGAUAAGUAAAGAUAUCAGAAAAAUUUUGGAAGAAAAACUCAAAACGGCGAUGCCAGAAUUGCAGAAUAAACGAUACUACAAAGACGCUAUCAAAAAUAUCAAAGAACACGAAGACAAUUACAAUGAUGAUAAUCAUAUUGCAGUUAAUAUUGCAGAGUGGGAGACUGUUAGCACUGUAACAUAGAAGUGAUAGUUCGAUAACAGCACACAGGCCGUAUUAAAAUAAAAUAAAAUAUAAAUUUGAACUAACGUUUGUAUUCAUUACAUUUAUAUUAUAUUAAACUAAAACUUGAUGUAGUAUACACUAAUUUUUCCGUUUUAUGAUGUUUAUGAUAUAUAUCUAAAUGAUUUUAAAAAAUUGGCUAGAAUAGAUAUCAGAUAAAACUAAAUGACUUGCAUUCUAAUAUUUUUACAUGGUGAUAAGUAUUGACACAAAUAAGUCGAUACAUGUAGAGG